AUGACACCUCCGAGCAGCAAAGACUUCCUGACGUUACCGUGUUCGCCUAACGGUACCAACAUCUGCUACGUCACUGAAAGCCGCGACGCCAUCGACAAAAGCGACGCCGUCGUAUUCAACGCUGAUAGUAUUGACGCGGCAGACUUGCCCUCAGACCGCUACCGUGCCCUGGCUUGGGUGUUUUUGACAAUUGGCCCGCCCCGGUUGCCGAUUCCGUGGGUCCUCUUGCAGUCGACACCGCUGUUCAACUGGACCAUGGGGCUCAGGGAAGACGCAGACAUCGUAGCACCCCACAGGUUAUGGGACGAUACGAGUGCGAAUCAUUCUGUAUCAAGCUUGGAGGUGGCCUUCGGCGACAAAAAUGUGACUGCCUUGUGGAUGAUCAGCAAAUGCGAGCAAGAAAAGCUGGAACGUGCCGGCGGCUCUUCGCUCACCGACAAUCGCUGGACUGGCACCGAACGUUUCAUAGAUGCGGUUGUGUAUAACUUUGACGUCGACAUCGCUAACGACUGCGGUGCCGAGAUCUGCGCCUCUGCAGACGAAUGUCUGAGUAUGGUGGCAGGCACUCACGUUUUCGUCAUUGUGAUGGAAUCGUCCCUUGUUUUGAGCACCCGGCUGAAAUUAUCUACGCUUCGUUGA